AUGAAAUAUUAUUUUAAUUAACUUCAUUCACAAUUAUAUUAUUUUAUGCUGAUUGAAAAUUUAGCAAAUGAACUAUAAUGCUCAAUUUGCUUAAGUUUAUAUAGUCUUCCAUUUGUUAUUCCCUGUGGACAUAGUUUUUGCCGCGAUUGCAUUCAAAAUUAUGGCAAAUCAACUAAAUCUGCCAAAUGCCCUCUAUGCAAGUAACCUUUCAAUCUUGCCAAAAUCAAUCUUAACAUAUCACUUUAAGCUGUAUUGAAUGUAAUCGAUCAAGACAACACAAAAGUGAAAGGAGAUCUCAGCAGAUAAAAGUCAAAAUCUACUAAUUUUUUUAUUUGCACUUCAAAUUUAUCAGAUGAAUAGAAAGAAUGCAUUGAAAGAUUUCAGAAACACUUCAAAAUAAAAUCCAAUUCAAACAUCAAUUCCAAGAUUACUCACUUGAUUUCAGGCCCUGACAACCCAAACAAACCUUUUAUAGCCAGAAGAACCUUAAAGUACUUGGAAGCACUGGCUCGCGGAAUUUGGAUUGUUAAUAUAGAUUGGGUUAUAGAAAGUCUCAAAUGCGAUAAGAUCUUAAGCGAAGAUGAUUUCGAAAUCAGGGGAGACGAAUUUCCAACACUCACUCCGAAAAUAUCAAGAACUAGAGGUGGAAUGUAUGAUUUCCUGAGGAAUUACGAAUUCACUAUUGAAGUUGGAAAUGUUAACAAGACCAUAAUAAAUCAGGAAUACGUCGAAACCUUAAUAUUACUGUGCGGUGGCAACAUCGUAAAUCAAAAGGAGAAGACUCAAAAUACUAUUAUAAUUAAAAUAGUUUAAGACCCUCAAAUGAAUCAUACUCGAAUCGAGUGUAUUCCAAUGAUUGUCAAUUAAAAAUGGUUGUUUGAUAGUAUCAGCAAAUUCAACAUGCAAAACUAUUUUGGCUAUUUAAUAAGUAAUUGAUCCUAAUUAAUAAAAUUUCCGUUUUUAUUGUAUUAUAAAUA